CCGGCGGCAGGCAGAGAGGCGGGCGGGCGGGCGCGGGUGCGCAUCCGGGUCGGCGCCGGGCCAUUGUCUGCGGCCGGGCCGGGCUCGGCGGCUCCGCGCCCGAAGGGCCGAGGCAGCGGCGCCGCCUUCAUGGACCGCAGCUCGAAGAGGAGGCAGGUGAAGCCUUUGGCGGCUUCGCUGCUGGAGGCUUUAGAUUAUGAUAGCUCUGAUGACAGUGACUUUAAAGUUGGAGAUGCUUCAGAUUCUGAAGGAAGUGGUCAUGGGAGUGAAGAUGCGUCAAAGGACAGUGGAGAAGGUUCCUGUACUGAAUCAGAAGAAAAUAUCUUGGAGGAGGAACCGGCAGAAGAGAAAGUAGAAGAGCAACAGCCAAAGAGCUCCACUGAAGAAGAGGUGCCGACAGCAGACAAAGAGGUAAUUAAAACUGAAAAGAAAGAGAAGAAUGAAGAAAAGCCAAAAAAGAAGAAAGAAAAAGAGAAAGCAGCUGAACCUGAUGCUGUCGCUGAUGAGCAAACAAGUGAACCCAAAAAAUGGAAUUUGCGCAGGAACCGGCCUUCGGAUUUUGUAUCAAUGGAAGAACUAAAUGAUAUGGACGAUUAUGACAGUGAAGAUGACAAUGACUGGCGGCCUACUCCUGAAAAAAAAGGAAAAAAUUCAUUGCGAAAAGAAGGGAGCGAUGGAGAUGAGGAUGAUGAAGAUGACGGGAGUGGGAGUGAUGAGGAUGACAACGAUGAGGAAGUAAUGAAGAAGAUAACAGCAGCAGCUAGUGAUGGAGGAUCCAAGAAGAAGAGUAAAGUUCUUAACAGAAAUAAUGCAGAUGAUGAGGAACUGACAAAUGAUAGCCUGGCUCUUUCACAAAGCAAGAGUAAUGAGGAUUCAUUGAUCCUUGAGAAGUCCCAAAAUUGGAGUUCCCAGAAAAUGGACCAUAUUUUGAUUUGUUGCGUUUGUCUUGGAGAUAACAGUGAGGAUGCUGAUGAAAUAAUCCAGUGUGACAACUGUGGAAUAACAGUGCAUGAAGGUUGCUAUGGUGUUGAUGGAGAGAGUGAUUCCAUCAUGAGCUCAGCUUCAGAAAAUUCCACUGAACCUUGGUUUUGUGAUGCAUGCAAAUGUGGUGUCACACCUAGUUGUGAACUAUGUCCAAACCAAGAUGGGAUCUUCAAGGAGACGGAUGCGGGCAGGUGGGUCCAUAUUGUUUGUGCCCUGUAUGUUCCAGGAGUGGCAUUUGGAGAUAUUGACAAAUUGCGGCCAGUAACGCUUACAGAAAUGAAUUAUUCAAAGUAUGGUGCCAAGGAGUGCAGUUUUUGUGAAGAUCCUCGUUUUGCCAGAACAGGUGUAUGCAUUAGCUGUGAUGCUGGGAUGUGCAGAGCUUAUUUCCACGUGACCUGUGCUCAGAAGGAAGGCCUUCUCUCAGAAGCAGCAGCAGAAGAGGAUAUAGCUGACCCUUUUUUUGCUUAUUGUAAACAGCAUGCGGACAGGUUAGACAGAAAAUGGAAGCGGAAGAACUACUUGGCAUUACAAUCUUACUGUAAAAUGUCCUUACAGGAAAGAGAAAAACAGCUUUCACCAGAAGCUCAGGCUCGAAUCAAUGCCAGACUACAGCAGUACCGUGCCAAGGCAGAGCUGGCUCGUACCACCAGGCCACAGGCCUGGGUACCCAGGGAGAAGCUGCCACGACCACUUACUAGCAGUGCUUCAGCCAUACGCAAGCUUAUGCGCAAAGCUGAGUUAAUGGGGAUAAGCACAGACAUUUUUCCAGUGGAUACUUCAGAUACUAGUUCCAGUGUUGAUGGAAGAAGAAAACAUAAACAACCAGCUCUCACUGCUGAUUUUGUCAAUUAUUACCUUGAGAGAAAUAUGCGCAUGAUUCAAAUCCAGGAGAAUAUGGCUGAGCAGAGGAAUAUCAAGGAUAAAUUAGAAAAUGAGCAAGAAAAGCUUCAUGUGGAGUAUAAUAAGCUUUGUGAGUCCUUGGAAGAGCUACAAAAUAUGAAUGGAAAACUGCGAAAUGAAGGGCAAGGCAUUUGGGCUCUGCUGGGUAGAAUCAUUGGACAGAAAUUGAACAUACCUGCAAUUUUACGUGCUCCUAAGGAAAGAAAACCAAGUAAAAAGGAAGGAGGAACACAAAAGACAUCUACGCUCCCAGCUGUACUUUAUAGUUGUGGAAUUUGCAAGAAGAACCAUGACCAACAUCUACUGUUACUGUGUGAUACUUGCAAACUACAUUAUCAUCUUGGUUGUCUGGAUCCACCUCUUACAAGGAUGCCAAGGAAGACUAAGAACAGUUACUGGCAGUGCUCAGAGUGUGACCAGGCAGGUAGCAGUGACUUGGAAGCUGAUAUUGCCAUGGAAACCUUACCAGAUGGGACCAAAAGAUCACGGAGACAGAUUAAGGAGCCAGUGAAAUUUGUUCCUCAGGAUGUGCCACCAGAACCGAAGAAAAUUCCAAUCAGGAACACGAGAACUAGAGGACGAAAACGAAGCUUUGUGCCCGAGGAAGAAAAACCUGAGGAACGGAUUCCCAGAGAAAGAAGACAACGGCAGUCUGUUCUGCAAAAGAAGCCCAAGUCAGAGGAUUUAAGGACCGAAUGUGCUACAUGCAAAGGGACUGGAGACAAUGAAAAUCUAGUCAGGUGUGAUGAAUGCAGGCUCUGCUACCAUUUUGGCUGUCUAGACCCUCCCUUGAAAAAGUCUCCCAAGCAGACUGGCUAUGGAUGGAUUUGUCAGGAAUGUGACUCUACAUCUUCCAAAGACUCCGAGCCGUCAAAUGAGGUGGUCUCAGAGGCCCCAGGUAAUGUGGUACCCUCUACCUCAAGAAGUAGCUCUGAAGAGCUGGUAUCGGUGGCACAGAAACAUCCAGAAGAGGAAGAUGAAAAUGAAACUGAGGCAGAAAGUCUAUCUCGGGAGCUGAACAUGGAACAGAAAAAAUCAAAAAAAUAGGAGAUUGCUGUCUUGUUUGAAAUAUUUGCAAGUUGUGUAACAGUGAUUAUAGUUUCUCAUUGUAAAAAUAACAAAAAAAAAUCCCAAUAAAGUCAU